AUGGAUGCUUUCUUUGCAGUUAAUUUUCUUUAUGAUAAAGUCUUAUAUUUUUGCUUUUUGUUUUAGCUUUUGUAUUUCAUAGCUUUAGAUGAUAAAUCAAUUACAUAAUGGAUAAUAUGGUCUGUUAUCAGUACAGCAAUCAUGAUUUAAAAUUUUUUAAGCUUUUUAUACAUCUACAAGAACAUUGAGCUUAAGAGUAAGUCUUUAGCUUACAUUCUUUGCUUAUUUAACUUAGGAGAGAUACCUUUACUUUAAAUUCAAUAGAAUAAUAGAUUUUAAUGCUUUAUCUAAUACAGUAUAAAUUUGAAAAGAUUAGUUUUUCUUGUUGUAGAAAUGGCUGGAUCUAUCACCCUUGCGUUCAUAUUAGAUCCAAAAUAAUUAAUCAUACCUAUGUUAGCAUACUUUUUCCCAAUUUAGAUGAUUUUGGCUUCUUUAUUUUAGCCUAAAAUAGUUGAAAGUAAACAUAUUCUAAAAAGUGCAUGGAUAAAAUUGUUUUUAGAAAUUAUUGGAUAAAUAGGAUAGUAAGGAUUAGUACUAAUCUAUAUAAUUCAUGAUUCUAAAUCUUUAAUUACCAUGGUUAUCAUAAAUUUAGGGCUCUCUGUUAUAUUUUUAGCUUUCACAGCUUAGUUUAUUUCUAAAAAUUACAAAGACGGCUACAUUUAUAUUUUCUAUUUAAUUGCAUUUUUUGGAUAUUUUGUAGAUAUUAGAAUUCCUUGUGUUUUAUAAGCUAAAAUUAUUGAUUAAUUAGAAGAAUGCGCUAAUAAUUCUGGCAUUGUCUAUAUUUUAAAUUAUAAUGAAGAUAGUUUCUCUUAUUGA